UUAUUUUCUGCGGUUGACGCCACCACGAUCGAAGAACACGUGUCUUUCCCCUGUACACUUUUCAAUUACUUGUUUUUCCUUACAAUUGUGGAUCAAGUAUACAAUAUUUAAUUAGUAUAGACUAAUUAUUACAUUAUAAGGCAAUCAUUAAAGAAAUCUUUGUUGAGGUUCCUAUGGAGAAAUUUUAGUGUCUUUCCAUCAGUCUCGGUUAACCUAACGCAUAUUACUCAGGAUGGUUUACUUUACCUGUAACAAUUGUGGUGAGAGCCUAAAAAAACCUCAAGUUGCUAAGCAUUAUCAGUUUAAAUGCCGAAAUCCUGCUUCUCUUACAUGUGUGGAUUGUUUAAAAGAUUUUUGGGCUGACGAGUAUGUGGCACAUACAAAAUGUAUUACUGAGAAUGAGAGAUACGGUGGCAAAGACUAUGUACCAAAACCUGGUACAAAUAAGGGUGAGAAAAAGCAGCAAGAUUGGAUUAAUAUCGUGCAGAAUUUGCUGACAACCUCUAACAACCUUUCUAAGGCUGAACGGGACAUGUUGAACACGAUGUCCAAAUAUGAAAAUAUUCCAAGGAAGAAAGCAAAGUUUUUAAAUUUUAUUAAGAAUGUCUUUGGUAAUAGAACCAAUAUGGCUGUGGUUGAAAGUAUAUGGGCAAAAAUGGAAGAAGCUUUCAAGGAAGCAGUAGGAAGUACUAAGAAUGGUCAGAAAGAAAAUAAUGAAGGAAAAUCAGACAAGGCACAUACUGUAGAUCCAGGAGAGAACAAUGUUGCAGAGAAUCAAAAUAAUGAAAAUCUCUCAAGGGAAAAUGGAGAUUCGACUCAAGAGGAAAAGAAGAAGAAGAAGAAACGUAAAAAUGAACCAGAAUACAAUAAUAGUACAGAAGUUACAAGCAUUCAAGAAGACAAGACAAAGACAAACUCGAAGAAAAGAAAGUUAUCAGAAUCAGAGAAUAACGAAGAAGAUAAUUUUACUGCAAAGAGAAAAAAUGGAGAUUCUAACAAAAAACUUGAUUCUUCAAUAUUGAUUGAACAGAAUGGCGUUAGUGAUAAUAUUAAAUUCAAUUGGAAGGGUACUAUUUUGGAGAUAGUAUCCACCAAAGGAGAAAUAUCUCUUAAAAAACUUAAGAAGAAAGUCGUCGGACUAUACAUAGCCCAAAGUUCAGACACCGUAACGACUGAAAAAGCGGAAUUGAAAUUCAACAAGAAACUAAACAAACUAUCACAAGUGGUAGUGUCAGAAGAGAAAGUGAGAUUAGCACAAUUGUAAAGCCGUAAUAAUGUAUCUACACAAAAUAAAGUAACAAUUUCCUAAU